CUGCGGCUGGUGGCAGCGCCGUUGUUGUUGCUGCUUGGCUCUGUUUGCCAGUAGGCCGCCUUGGCAUUCACACACACUGGCAUACACAGCGUUUUCGGUGAAACGUAGCCACACAUUCAUUCAGUUAGUCAGUCAGUCAGUUAGUCAGUCACUCACUUACAGGUGAGCAGCAGCAGCAGCAGCAGCUAAACUAAAAGCCAGAGGCAGGCAGGCAGCAGAGGCGGCUGGACCACAGGCGCACUGGAAUAAAAAAAAAAAAAAGUAAACUGUAAUUAAAAACUAAGAGUGUUUAACAAGAAUAACAAAAAGAAGAAGAAGGAAAAUCACAAGAAAUACACAACUGGAAGACGCCUACGUCAGCAAAUUGCAGCACAAAUUCCAAUCCUCAACUAGCCAGAAGAAACAACAACAACAAAAACAAGAAGAAGAAGAAGAAGAAUAACUAUGGCCAUCAAACCGGGACUCGGCCGCAAGACGAGCAACAAAAAUCCACCGAUAUUGAGCCACGAGUUUGUCAUACAAAACCAUGCGGACAUCAUCUCAUGUGUGGCAAUGGUAUUUGUUGUUGGACUGAUGAACGAAUCGACGGCAUCGUUCGCCAGCGCCUUCAUAUCGCUGCAUCACAAUGUUAGUGGCGAGGAGGCUAGCCGGGAGCAGCCGUAUGGCAAGCCAUACACGUAUUUGGCCGGCAUUAAGGACUAUUGUGCGAUAUUCUUUUAUACGCUCACCUGCAUCAUAAUGCACGCCAUCAUACAGGAGUUUGUGCUGGACAAGAUUAGCAAGAAGCUGCACUUAUCGAAAUUCAAGCUGGCACGCUUUAACGAAUCCGGCCAGCUGGUUGCCUUCUAUCUGCUCUCAUUCGUUUGGGGCACGCAUGUGGCGCUGCGCGAAGGCUACCUGGGCCAAGUGGCCCAACUGUGGGAGGGCUAUCCGGCGCAUCCGAUGAGUUUCCUGCAUAAAUUCUACUUUAUCAUCCAGUUGGCAUACUAUCUACACAUGCUGCCCGAACUCUAUUUCCAGAAGGUGCGCGCCAAGGAGGAGCAACAGCCCAAGAUAAUACAUUCCAUAAGCGGAUUCACGCUCAUCGUAUUGGCCUAUACGCUUAGCUUCCAGCGCUUGGCGCUUGUCCUGCUCACGCUGCACUACUUCAGCGAGCUGCUCGCCCACAUAUUCCAGCUGAUUGGCGUCUUUGAUCGCGAGGAGCGUCUGGCACGUGCCAACAUUGUGAACAAUGCAUGCUUUGUCCUGGUGCGCUUUGCCACCUCGGUGAUCGGUGUGCUGACGCUCUACUAUGGCAUUGGCCGAUCUGGCGGCAGCUAUAAGGCGCGUGCGGUAAUCGCCAUGAUUGGCCUGAUCGCCCUGCAGGGCUAUCUGGUCUACUCAUUUAUCACCGAACAGCUGCGCGCCAAGCGGGAGGCGAAACGCGAGGCUAAGCUGCUGGCGGCGCAGACUAAGAAGGCGAAGGCGCCCAACAAGGACAAGCUGAAGCGCAAGAAGGAGAGCGAUCUGCCCGAGGCCGACCAGGCGUCGCCCAGUCCCGUCAAGCAGAAGCUCAAGUGAAUCAGCUAAGCACAGCUGCGGCUCCAGCAAACAACAAAAUCUUCCGCACACUUCCAGACGCUCAAGCAACAAACAACAAAAACAACAACAAGAAAACGAACACGAACAGAACAGACUAUCAGCGAAAUCCAGCAUUUGCUACACUAAACAACA